GAAGAUAUUUUCUUCAAUUAAAAUAUAUUAAUUUUUUGUGGCUGAUGAAUGUGAGAAAAGAUUAAGACAAGUGAAUAAGUGAAAAAAAAAGAACUUUGUGGUGGAAUUGACCACUUUUUAAGCUGUGAUAUAUUUGUUUUUUAGAAAAGGACGAAUUUUUGUAAGAUAAAUUUAUAACAAAUAAGUAUAAGCAACCAAAAAAAAAAAAAAUGACACAUGAUAAGGGUGAAUUGCAAAGCCUUCGUAAUGGCAUACAUCAUCCAAAAAUUGUUAACGGCCUUGAUAAUAAACCAAUGCAACCAAAGCCAUUAGGCGAACAACCUAAAGCAGUUCGAAGACAAGAAUUUAUGGUUUUACUGAUGAACAUGGGGGUCUUAGCUUGUGGAAUAGGUUUGGGCUUGCCAUCGGUAACUCUUAAUCAGCUUACAGAUCCAAAUGAGUUAGUUCAUCUUGACAAAUCACAAGCUUCAUGGUUUGCAUCGAUUGGGUCCAUAACCUCUCCCCUGGGUGCACUCUUAGCUGCUCUUCUGAUGGACAAAAUAGGAAGAAAAAGAACUGUGAUCCUAGUCAACUUAUUUGCUAUAGCUUCUUGGGCUUUAAUGGCUUUAGCUUUACAACAAGAUCCACAAGCAGUUUAUAUUCAACUGAUAAUAUCAAGGUGUCUAAUCGGUAUUACAAUGGGAAUGGGAAGUGCUCCAUCCGGGGUCUAUGGAGCGGAAAUAAGUUUGGCCAAAAUACGAUCAAGACUGAUUUUGGGCGUGUCAAUUAGUGUAGCUAUGGGAAUUCUAUUAGUCUAUAUUCUAGGAUAUUUUAUAAGAAAUGAUUGGCAUUUGAUUGCUAUAAUUUUACUAGCUUUUCAAGUCCUUUGCUUAAUACUAUUAGUACCAGUUAUUGAAACUCCAAGCUGGCUUAUGUCUAAAGGACGUGCGAAAGAUGCAAAAGCUUCAUUGUAUUAUUUCAGAGGAAUUGAUGUUGGACAAACACAUCCUGAAGUUGAAGCUGAAUUUGCUAUUCUCUUGAAGACAAUCCAAUUGAAAACUGGAGAAAAGAAGACUCCGUUCUAUAAGACCUUACGUCAACCAGAAAUACACAAGCCAUUAUUGAUCAUGAUUGGACUAUUUUGCUGUCAACAAUUUUCUGGAAUCUUCGUUGUAGUUGUCUAUGCAGUUCAAAUAGCUAUCGAAGCUGGUGUAAAUAUUGAUCCAAUUCUUUGUGCAGUAUUUAUUGGUGUAGCUAGAACCGUUAGUACCGUAAUGAUGGGUGGUUUUCUUGAGAAAUUCGGUCGUCGAAAAGCUGGAAUAAUAUCAGCUAUUGGAAUGGCUAUUUGUAUGUUUACACUAGCUGCUACAAGUUGGUUCCCUUGGUUACAAAUUCCAUACCUGCCAGCUGUCCUCAUUAUAAUCUAUAUCAUCACUAGUACUUUGGGAAUUUUCACACUGCCAUUUUUUAUGAAUUCAGAAGUUUUUCCACAAAAAGUUCGUGGAACAUGUGCUGGGUUAACUGGAAGUUUUGGAUUUUUGAUGUCAUUUUUUGUCCUUAAAGCAUAUCCAUCGAUGAGAGAUUUUAUGGGAGCUGAGAAUGUGUUUGCGUUAUAUGGAAUUAUGUCAGUUUUGUCAAUAUUAUUCGUUUACUUUUGUUUGCCGGAGACAAAGGGCAAAUCUUUGAUGGAAAUUGAAGAAUAUUUCCGAUAUGGAAAAAAAGGUAUGCCAAAGGCAGAGCUGGAAGUUGAAAUGAGUGAAGUGUUAGUUAAUGGAAAGACUUAUACGUAAAAUGAAAUGAUGUAAAAUAAUGUAUACUCGAUAUUGGAGAUUUUAUAAGACUGUGAUAGAUUUUAAGUAUUUAGAUAAA